GCCCCUUCUCCUUCCUCUCUGGUUUCUCUGGGUUUUCUCCGAAACCUCCGCCUCCCUCCGCCGAUUAUAGUCGUUUUCCUCCAUAAAAGCUCGGUUUUAAGCCCCAAAAUUGCCAAGGGUGAAGGAAUUUCUGUGUAUUUGUUGAAGGUUGGGUAUUCGGUUUUUGUUGGACUAUAGGGAUUGCUAGCAAGAUAUUGAAGGCAUUGAUAUGGCUGAUGUUAUUGCUCAAUCUCACGGGGGUGAUGGUGGAGGAUGCGAUCCUCCACGUGGACCGGCAGAUAUCCCAGCUGAUUGUGAACGAGCGCCUCCAAGUAAACGUGGACGCCAUAAGGGAUUGAACACGCGGGAAAAGAGGGAACAGUUGGGGCGUCCUCUCCCUCUCGAGUGGGAUGUGCGGGGGAGAACAUAUAAAGAGAUCGGAGAGUACAGCUCAAAUUUCUCAAGAGAGCUCGGAUUACUUGUUCGACAGUACACAGAUCCGGACUGUCCUCAAUGGUCAAAAGUACCAAAUGCCUCGAAAGAAAGAAUACUUGCACAUUUGGAAGAUGAUUUGUUUGAUAUUGGGCGUACUAGAUAUGGAGAAGGGCAUAUGCCUGGGAUCUUGAGAGGCAUUGAUACUUCGUGUGCUAAAAAGUAUUCUGACUGGAAGUACGAUAUUAAAGAGCACUUAACGAUUAAUGGGCCACAAAAUCGUUAUGGUGGUUGCACGGAUACGCAGUGGCAAAAAGCAAUUGAUUUUUUCCGUCGCCCAGAAAUUACGAAACGUUCUGUGGUCAACAAGGAAAAUAGAAAGAAAUUGAAAGAGCUUAGCUAUGGAGGUUCUCAGUCAAUCUCAGCCUUACGCUAUAAAAAUGUUAGUUAA